AUGCCAUCACUGUGUGUAACAUCUGAAGUUUCAAGUGCUGAUGAGUUUAAAAUUCCAGUGACUGUCGAUGGAUUAUGUGUGAAGUUGGCAUGUGAUACGGGAGCAUCUUGCAGUUUAGCACCUUUAUCGUGGCUAAAAAAAUGUAAAAAACAAGUAAGUCUAACUCCAUGUACAACGACUUAUGUUGGUUAUGGUGGUAAUAAAAUUAAAACUGUAGGCUUGCAUAAUUGUAAGCUAAGUUAUUGUGGAACUACAAAAAAUAUAACAUUUGUAGUAACUAACUGUUCGACUCAACCAUUGCUUGGUAGAGAUUUCUUAAGCUUGUUUAAUUUUCGUUUGGAACAAAUUUGUGCUGUAGGCCAAACAACAAGCCAAUCUGUAAUUAUUGAUGAAAUUAAAAAUCAAUUUGCAGAAGUUUUUAAUGGGCAAUUAGGUUCAUAUAAAUCUACACUUAUUUCAUUACCUAUUUCUGAAAAUGCUAAACCAGUAUUUUGUAAACCAAGACCCAUACCUUUUGCUUGGAAGAAAAGCAUUGAAGAAAAUUUGAAUCAACUAAUUAAAAAUGAUAUUUUAGAACCUAUUAACAAUAGUGAUUGGGGUACGCCGUUGGUUCCUGUAUUAAAACCAAAUGGUGAAAUAAGAAUUUGUGGGGAUUAUAAAACAACAAUAAAUAAAUAUUUACAUGAUUAUAAAUACCCCUUGCCCAGAAUUGAGGAAAUUUUUACAUCUUUAGAAGGAGGUGAACUUUUCAUCAAACUUGAUCUUUCCAAUGCAUACAAGCAACUUAUUCUGGAUGAAAAAUCAAAACUUUUAUGUACUUGGUCUACACAUUUGGGUACUUUUAAAAUGAAGCGUAUGUCUUUCGGUAUCAAACCGGCAGCAUCAAUAUUCCAAAAAACAGUGGAAACAUUAUUAUGUGGAAUACCAUAUGUAGUUGUGUAUCAAGAUGAUAUAACAAUAUCUGGAAAAAAUUUAAAACAGCAUCUUUUACAAAAAAAUACUAAAUUUGUAUGGUCUGAACAAUGUCAAGAUGCAUACGAAUGCAUAAAAAAAGAUAUCACAUCAGACCAAGUACUUACACAUUUCAACCCAGAAUUACCAAUUAUACUAACAACAGAUGCUUCGAAUAGUGCAGUUGCAGGAGUUCUUUCUCAUGAAUUUUCAAAGAAUGAUUGCAAACCAAUUGCCUUUGUUUCAAGAGCUUUAACUAAAUGUGAACAAAAUUACAGCACUCUUGAAAAGGAAGCGUUAGCUAUAAUUUUUUGUGUUUCAAAGUUAAAACAGUAUUUACAUGGCAAUAAUUUUAUAUUGCGAACUGACCAUAAACCACUUAUUUCAAUUUUCAAUGAAAAUAAAGGUUAA